GAGGAGGAGGAGGAGCGAGCAAGGGACUCUCUCUCUCUCUCUCUCUCUCUCUCAGCUGAUCCUUUCAUCGCGGCCACUCAUCUCUUCGAUCUGCGGCGCGGCUCCACGACACAAAGACGCGGCGGCGAGACAUGAGCUGGAGGCGGACGGAGCAUGCGAGCAGCGGCGGCGGCGGCGGCGGACCGACACGACGAGCCUUCUCCACGGACUAGCGUCUGGUGCGCGCAGGGAUACCGCGGAGCUCCGCCGAUGUGCGCAACAGCGGAUUUAAGGCAUCAAAGAGCGCGGAGAGCUGAAAGAAAGCCGCAUCACCGCACAAGUAGGUCCUACUUUUUACACCGCUGGUGCUAUUGUGCGGAUGGCCGCGCAGGCCGCGCACCAGCAAGCCGCGGACGAGCCGUCGUAGCGCGGCCGAGCUAAGCUAGCAAGGACCGUCGCGGACAACAUGGCUAAAACUCUGCACCUCCUGCAGAAAUCGGCAGACGGCGUGCCGACGGGUCUCUCCUUGGACGUGAGCCUGGGCGUGGAGGCGGGGGAUGGCUUCCCGGAGCGCUCGCUCGUCGGACUGUCGGACAAGAUCCCUCUGGUGAAACCUCACUUCAAGAAGAAGCAGAGGAAAUUAGACGCCGCGUGCCUUCACCGCGCCUUGGAGGAGCCCAUGCUGACCUCCCUGCUGGGCGGCGACAUGGCGGGGGACGGUGUAUUCGUGCCGCGGAGCCAGGCCGGACGCACCCCGGGGAACCUGUGCGCGGCGGCCGCGGCCAAACAGAGCCGCUUAGGCCUGAAAGACUCGCCGCCCGCCGCCGCGCCGGUGACCGCGGUCUUGAUGGCCGCCGGCGGCGACGUGGAGAUGGCGGAUACUACUGCGGAGCUGGAGGAGGCGGAGCGGCGCGGCGAGCGACCCAAGGCGGGGCUUAUAGCUUCAGGGAGCCCGGCGGCGAUAACCGCCAGCAGGGACGUCCCUGCUCCGGUUGCACCGCAGGGUUCUCACCAGGAGGGAGCCAUCAAAGGCAGCGACCCCCAGCCCCCUCCUCUAAAAGACUGCUCCGGCCUCCAGGACCCGCAACCCCUACUCCUGCAAGCCCCACAGCCCGACAAAGGAGAGCUUUUUCAGGAUAAAAGUGAGGAAGCGUCCCUGGACCUGGUCUUCGAGCUGCUCACCCAGCUGCAGUACCACACCCACCAGGCGGACUCGGUGGACAUCUGCGUGAACUUCCUCCAAGGACAAUGCGUGUACGGCGGCGACUGCGCCUACCACCACACCGUCCUGCCCUACCACUGGCAGAUCCACAGGAGCGACGCUCAGACGUGGCAAAGUGUGGCCGACGAGUCCCAGGAGCAGCUGGAGAGGUUGUACUGCAACCCGGACAACGACAAAGUCCGGCUGAAGUAUCAGGGCUCGGUGUUUUCCCUGGACUUUGGAGCCAUGCGGGUGGGUGACCUGAAGUUUGACCGCGUCCGCCGGCUGACCACUCCCCCGAGCCCCUUCCCCGUGCCGGGGACAACCUCAGGCCCCGCCCCCAGCUGUCACACCGUGUGGAAGUACUACUGCAGAGACAACUUUGGCUGGAGGGAAUACUCUGAGCCGGUGGUGAAGCUCAUCGAAAAGGCCACGGUGAGGGGUCUGAAGGAGGUGCGCUUCAUCACGCUCCAGAACCAGUACAUCCUGAACAUCAGGGAGGGCUUCCAGCAGAACGCCAUGUUUGGCUUCAGGCGCCAGAUCAAAAAGCGACCCAUGUUCAUGUCCUCGGUGAUGCUGGCUCCCCUCUUAGAAACUUUGGGUGGUCUGGCUUCGUCGCCGCCGUCCUCCUCGUCCACGUCCGCCAUCUCCCUGAUGGACGUGUCUGCGCCACACCCUCUCUCCCCGACCACGAGCACGCCCGCGCUCUUCCCCGAGACCUGGUUGCCCAUGGCGAUGAGCCAGGACUUCCUGCAGGUGGCCAUGUCCCGGGACGACCGCAGCUACAGGACCGUGUACAGUCUGUUCCACAAGACCGUGUCCGAGACCAAGUUCAGGAUCAUCAAGAUCCUGCGGGUCCAGAACCCUUUCCUCUGGGAGAAGUACAAGAGGAAGAAGGAGUACAUGUCGCGGCGCAUGUCUGAGAUGGAGCGGCUGCUGAGCGAGCGCCACCUCUUCCACGGCACGUCUGCAGAUGUGGUGGAAGGCAUCUGCAAACACAACUUUGACCCUCGUGUGUGUGGCAAACAUGCCACCAUGUUUGGUCAGGGAUCUUACUUUGCACGCAAGGCCGUCUACUCGCACAACUUCUCCAAGCCCUCGCACAAAGGAGUCCACUGCAUGUUCUUGGCCAAAGUCCUCACUGGCAGGUUCACGGUGGGUAAUCCCUCCAUGCGGCGGCCGCCCCCCGUCAGCCCCCGAGACGCCUCCAGUGACCUUUAUGACUCGUGUGUGGACAACUGGGUGGAGCCUCAGAUCUACGUCAUCUUCAACGACGACCAGAGCUACCCCUACUUUGUCAUCCACUACGAGGAGGUGCCCAGCACCGUCGCCCUCUGAGCCACGCCCCCUUCCCCACUUUGACUCCUUCACCUUUGAAACCUCACCCGAGAUCAACAACACCCGGACUCCAAGGGACUGUUUGCAGAACUAGGACGACACUCGACUGGAAGCAACUGGAGCGUCACUCACUCAGUACUCAGUACUAUAAUAUGUGUACAUCAGUACUAGAGUACGUGUACGUCAGUACUAUAGUACGUGUACAUCAGUACUAGAGUACGUGUACAUCAGUACUAGAGUACCUGUACGUCAGUACUAGAGUACGUGUACGUCAGUACUAGAGUACGUGUACGUCAGUACUAGAGUACAUCAAUACUAUAGUACGUGUACGUCAGUACUAUAGUACGUGUACGUCAGUACUAGAGUACGUGUACGUCAGUACUAGAGUACCUGUACGUCAGUACUAGAGUACGUGUACGUCAGUACUAGAGUACCUGUACGUCAGUACUAGAGUACGUGUACGUCAGUACUAGAGUACGUGUACGUCAGUACUAGAGUACAUCAAUACUAUAGUACGUGUACGUCAGUACUAUAGUACGUGUACAUUAGUAUGUGUACAUCAGUACGUCAGUACUAUAGUACGUGUACAUCAGUAUGUGUACAUCAAUACUAGAGUACGUGUACGUCAGUACUAUAGUACGUGUACAUUAGUAUGUGUACAAUAGUACGUGUACAUCAGUACGUCAGUACUAUAGUACGUGUACAUUAGUAUGUGUACAAUAGUACGUGUACAUCAGUACGUCAGUACUAUAGUACGUGUACAUCAGUACUAGAGUACGUGUACAUUAGUCUGUGUACAUCAGGGGUGUCCAACAUGACAAAACACCACCACCACUCGGUGACACAUUCCAACAACGCCACCACUACUCAAACUACAAUUGCACACCAUUGCUGACAUCCGCUAGCCCGACGUAAAUGCUAACAUUAGCAUGCUAACAGCCAGAAUACGUCACAUACCGAGUCAUACGACCAUGAAGCGUACGAAUGUUAAAUUAGCUUUAAAAAAAAUUAAAAAAAAAAAAAAAAGUUAGCAUGCUAACGUUAGCAUGCCAACAGUUAGCAUGUAUUAAGUACCAAGUUAUAGGUGUUUGGCCUGUAAAAUUGGCCGAAAAGGUUAUCAUGCUAAUGUUGGCAUGAUGGCAGUUAGCACAUGUCAAGUACCAAGUUCUAUGAUGUUUUUCGGCUGCAAAAUUGGCACAAAAAGGUUAGCAUGCUAACAUAAGCAUUUUAGCAUGCUAACUUUUUUGGGAAUGUGGCAAGUACCGAGUCAUAUGACCAUAAAGCGUACGCAUGUAAAAUCUGCUAAAAAAAAUAAAAUAAAAAAAGUUAGCAUGCUAACAUUAGCGUGCCAACAGUUAGCAUGUAUUAAGUACCAAGUUAAAGGUGUUUGGCUGUAAAAUUGGCUGAAAAAGUUAUCAUGCUAAUGUUGGCAUAACAGGUUCAUCCUCAUGUUAGCAUGACAACAGUUAGCACAUGUCAAGUACCAAGUUCUAUGACGUUUUCGGCUGCAAAAUUGGCCUAAAAAAAAAAAAAGUUAGCUAGCAUUUUAGCAUGCUAACUUUUUUUUUUCUUUUUUUACUUUUUGCAAUUGAAAUGCAUCAAGUACCAAGUCAUGUGACCAUGAAGCGUACGCAUGUCAAAUUUGAAAAAAAAAUUUUUUUUAGCAUGCCAACAGUUAGAAUCCAAAUUAUAGGUGUUUGGCUGAAAAAGUUAUCAUGCUAAUGUUAGCAUGAUAACUUAAUCCUAAUGUUAGCAUGAUAACAGUUAGCACAUGUCAAGUACCACGUUCUAUGACGUUUUCGGCUGCAAAAUUGGCACAAAAAAAUAAAAAAUAAUAAGAAUUUUAGCAUGCUAACAAAUUGGAAUGUGUCAAGUACCAAGUCAUGUGACCAGGAAGCGGAUGGAUGUCAAAUUUGCUAAAAAAAAAAAAAAAAAGUUAGCAUGCUAACAAUAGCAUGUGUUAAGUACCAAGUUAUGACGUUUUAGCUGCAAAAUUGGCAAAAAAUAAAAAUGCUUAUGUUAGCAUGCUAAACAAUUGGAAUAUGUCAAGUACCAAGUCAUAUGACCAUGAAGCGUACACAUGAAAAAUUUGCUAACGUUAGCAUGCCAACAAUUGGUAUGUAUUAAGUACCAAGUUAUAUGACUCAAGAGAUGUUUGGCUGAAAAAGUUAUCAUGCUAGCACGUGUCAAGUACCAAGUCAUGUGACCAUGAAGCAUACAUAUGUAAAAUUAGCUAUAAAAAAAAAGUUAGCAUGUUUGGCUGUAAAAUUGGCUGAAAAAAUUAUCAUGCUAGCACGUGUCAAGUACCAAGUCAUAUGACCAUGAAGCGUACAUAUGUAAAAUUAGCUUAAAAAAAAGUUAGCAUGUUUGGCGGUAAAAUUGGCUGAAAAAGUUAUCAUGCUAGCACGUGUCAAGUACCAAGUCAUAUGACCAUGAAGCGGAUGCAUGUCAAAUUUGCUAAAAAAAAAAAAAAAAGUUAGCAUGCUAACAAUAGCAUGCGUUAAGUACCAAGUUAUGACGUUUUCAGCUGCAAAAUUGGCAAAAAAUAAAAAUGCUUAUGUUAGCAUGCUAAACAAUUGGAAUAUGUCAAGUACCAAGUCUUAUGACCGUGAAAAAUUUGCUGAAAAAAAAAAAUUGGCAUGCUAACGUUAGCAUGCCAACAAUUGGUAUGUAUUAAGUA